GUUUUAAGGUCUAAUAUAAUAAAUAUUGGUAGACAUAAGCAAAAGCUCUUUGAGGUCCUUUGUAAAAGAGAUUAUAACCUUUGAGAACUGCUUCCAUCCAUACUGGACUGUGGACACAGAGACUCAGAUCUAGAACUUAAAUCAGAGCUAUUUCCUUAGCCACAGUGACUGCUAGGCUGGGGUUGCAGUUUCAAUUUCCCAUGUGGUCUCCAGUGAUACUGCAGUGGGAGUGGCCUUCUCGCCUCUGGGCAAUGGCAAAAGUCCUGACUUUGCGUUAUGACACUAGCCAACUAGGAGAAGGAGUAAGUAACACCCUGCUACUUCCUGUGUGGGUGGAAAUCUAGGCUUUCUAGGUGCCCCCCACUGACACCAUUACCAUGGCUCCCUACUUGUCUACUUAGCCUUCUUUGACUCUACCCCCGUUAGGGUGUUGAGAUGCCACCUUGUAGCCUCGCUAGAGUGGAAGUCCAGGCUACCCCCUUGGAUUUUGCUUGCAUGGGUAGGGGAGCCAGUUAUAUACAUGGUACAGAGAGGGUUGCUAUGGUCUAAUAUUUGGGGGAUUUAAGUACAUUGAGCCUAGAACUGUUGUUUAUAUUCUUAUAUCUUAGAAAUUUUUGAUUAUGUUAGAGAUUUUUCUCUCCAUUUAGCAAACAAUUAGAUACUUAAUCAUCUUAGGUCUUAAAUGUAUUCUAAAGAAAAAAAUGAAAGCAGCAAUCAAAGAGGUCAUAAAGUUUAAUUUUAAUCACAAACUAUCAGCUUUGACUGGAGGUUCAGUAUGCAGAUAUUCAGCAAAAUCAUGUGUAACUUAAAGAUGUUAAUUUUCUAGGUUUAAAUUUUGUAGAUGAUUGGCAAAAAAUAGACGAUCAACCUGGACUUUUUUUUAGGGAAGAGUUAAAGGAAACCACUGGUGCUAGGCAAUGUGCUUCAAAAUAUGAUUCUUUGGGAAAACAAUUUAAAAAUUAAAAGUUUUAUCUGAUUACUUUAUAGCUUGUAAAAACUGGGGAUUGCUUUGGAUUAAUUUCAGGAAUCACCAUGCCAUCUCUAUGAAUAGAUUUAGAAAACUAGAAACCACAAUUUCAGAAAAUCUUUUACUGAUAAAAUCUUGGCUAUGAAUACGUCUGAAGUAAAAUCACCUAGUAUAGAAUAUGCAGAUGUUAAAGCAACAGAAAUUUACUAUCUUAUGCUUCUGUGGAUUAGAAGUCCAACACAGGUCUCACUGGGCUAAAAUCCAAAUGUCCGUAGGGCUAUGUUCUGUUUUAGAGGCUCUAAGAGAAAAUCUGUUUCCUUGCCUUGUCUAGCAUUUUUUGACUCAUGUCUCUCUUCCUCAGUGCAACAUGCAAGACUAAUUUACUUUAAUUUUUAAGACCUGAUGGCCAAAAGAAAGGAAGAAAAUUUUUCCUCUCCUAAAAAUGCCAAAAGGCCAAGACAAGAAGAAUUGGAGGAUUUUGAUAAAGAUGGUGACGAAGACGAAUGUAAAGGUACUUCUACUUUGACUGCAGCAGAAGUUGGAAUAAUUGAGAGUAUUCACCUAAAAAACUUCAUGUGUCAUUCAAUGCUUGGACCCUUUAAGUUUGGUUCUAAUGUCAACUUUGUUGUUGGCAACAAUGGAAGUGGGAAGAGUGCAGUACUCACAGCUCUCAUAGUUGGUCUUGGUGGAAGAGCAGUUGCUACUAAUAGAGGAUCCUCUUUAAAAGGUUUUGUGAAGGAUGGACAGAACUCUGCAGAUAUCUCAAUAACAUUGAGGAACAGGGGAGAUGAUGCCUUUAAAGCCAGUGUGUAUGGUAACUCUAUACUUAUACAGCAACACAUCAGCAUAGAUGGAAGUCGAUCUUAUAAACUUAAAAGUGCAACAGGCUCCGUGGUUUCCACUAAGAAAGAAGAGCUGAUUGCAAUUCUUGAUCAUUUUAACAUCCAGGUGGAUAAUCCAGUUUCUGUUUUAACACAAGAAAUGAGCAAGCAGUUCUUACAGUCUAAAAAUGAAGGAGACAAAUACAAAUUCUUCAUGAAAGCAACGCAACUUGAACAGAUGAAGGAAGAUUAUUCAUACAUUAUGGAAACAAAAGAAAGAACAAAGGAGCAGAUACAUCAAGGAGAAGAGCGGCUUACUGAGCUAAAGCGCCAGUGCGUAGAGAAAGAGGAACGUUUUCAAAGCAUUGCUGGUUUAAGUACGAUGAAGACUAAUUUAGAGUCCUUGAAACAUGAAAUGGCUUGGGCAGUGGUCAAUGAAAUUGAAAAACAAUUGAAUGCUAUCAGAGAUAAUAUCAAAAUUGGAGAAGAUCGUGCUGCUAGACUUGACAGGAAAAUGGAAGAACAGCAGGUCAGACUUAAUGAAGCAGAACAAAAGUACAAGGAUAUUCAAGACAAACUAGAAAAGAUUAGUGAAGAGACAAAUGCACGAGCGCCAGAAUGUAUGGCAUUGAAAGCAGAUGUCGUUGCUAAGAAAAGGGCCUAUAAUGAAGCUGAGGUUUUAUAUAACCGAUCCUUAAAUGAAUAUAAAGCAUUAAAGAAAGAUGAUGAGCAGCUUUGUAAACGAAUUGAAGAACUGAAAAAAAGUACUGACCAAUCUUUGGAACCUGAACGGUUGGAAAGACAAAAAAAAAUAUCUUGGUUAAAAGAGAGAGUAAAGGCCUUACGAAAUCAAGAAAAUUCAGUCAAUCAAGAGAUUGAACAGUUUCAGCAAGCCAUAGAAAAGGACAAAGAAGAAUAUGGCAAAAUUAAGAGAGAAGAAUCAGAUGUGAAGCAUGCACUGAGCUACAAUCAGAGGCAACUGAAAGAAUUGAAAGAUAGUAAAACUGAUCGACUCAAAAGAUUUGGCCCUAAUGUUCCAGCUCUUCUUGAAGCCAUAGAUGAUGCUUAUAGACAAGGACUUUUUACCUAUAAACCUGUAGGCCCUUUAGGAGCUUGCAUUCAUCUUCGGGACCCGGAACUUGCUUUGGCUAUUGAAUCUUGCUUAAAAGGGCUUCUGCAGGCCUAUUGUUGCCAUAAUCAUGCUGAUGAACGUGUCCUUCAGGCACUCAUGAAAAGGUUUUAUUUACCAGGGACCUCACGGCCACAGAUAAUAGUUUCUGAGUUUCGGAAUGAGAUAUAUGAUGUAAGACACAGAGCUGCUUAUCAUCCAGAGUUUCCAACAGUUCUGACAGCUUUAGAAAUAGAUAAUGCGGUCGUGGCAAAUAGCCUAAUUGACAUGAGAGGCAUAGAGACAGUGCUACUAAUCAAAAAUAAUUCUGUAGCUCGUGCAGUAAUGCAGUCCCAAAAGCCACCCAAAAAUUGUAGAGAAGCUUUUACUGCUGAGGGUGAUCAAGUUUUUGCAGGACGUUAUUAUUCAUCUGAAAAUACAAGACCUAAGUUCCUAAGCAGAGAUGUGGAUUCUGAAAUAAGUGACUUGGAGAAUGAGGUUGAAAAUAAGAUGGCCCAGAUAUUAAAUCUUCAGCAACAUUUAUCUGACCUUGAAAAAGAUAUUAAACGCAAUGAGGAACUUCUUAAAAGGUGCCAACUACAUUAUAAAGAACUGGAGAUGAAAAUAAGAAAAAGUAAUUCUGAAAUUCGGGAACUUGAGAACAUAGAAGAACACCAGUCUGUAGAUAUUGCAACUUUGGAAGAUGAAGCUCAGGAAAAUAAAAGCAAAAUGAAAAUGGUUGAGAAACAUAUGGAGCAACAAAAAGAAAAUAUGGAGCAUCUUAAAAGUCUGAAAAUAGAAGCAGAAAAUAAGUAUGAUGCAAUUAAAUUAAAAAUUAAUCAACUAUCAGAGCUAGCCGACCCACUUAAGGAUGAAUUAAAUCUUGCUGAUUCUGAAGUAGAUAACCAAAAACGAGGGAAACGACAUUAUGAAGAAAAACAAAAAGAACACCUGGAUACCUUAAAUAAAAAGAAACGAGAACUGGAUAUGAAAGAGAAAGAACUAGAGGAGAAAAUGUCACAAGCAAGACAGAUCUGCCCGGAGCGUAUAGAAGUAGAAAAAUCUGCAUCAAUUCUGGACAAAGAAAUUAAUCGAUUAAGGCAGAAGAUACAGGCAGAACAUGCUAGUCAUGGAGAUCGAGAGGAAAUAAUGAGGCAGUACCAAGAAGCAAGAGAGACCUAUCUUGAUCUAGAUAAUAAAGUAAGGACUUUAAAAAAGUUUAUUAAAUUAUUGGGAGAAAUCAUGGACCACAGAUUCAAAACAUAUCAACAAUUUAGAAGGUGUUUGACUUUACGAUGCAAAUUGUACUUUGACAACUUACUAUCGCAGCGGGCCUAUUGUGGAAAAAUGAAUUUUGACCACAAGAAUGAAACUCUAAGUAUAUCAGUUCAGCCUGGAGAAGGAAAUAAAGCUGCCUUCAAUGACAUGAGAGCCUUGUCUGGAGGCGAACGUUCCUUCUCCACCGUGUGUUUUAUUCUUUCCCUAUGGUCCAUCGCGGAAUCGCCUUUCAGAUGCCUGGAUGAGUUUGAUGUCUACAUGGAUAUGGUUAAUAGGAGAAUUGCCAUGGACUUGAUACUGAAGAUGGCAGAUUCCCAGCGUUUUAGACAGUUUAUCUUACUUACACCUCAAAGCAUGAGUUCACUUCCAUCAAGUAAACUGAUAAGAAUUCUCCGAAUGUCUGAUCCCGAAAGAGGACAAACUACAUUGCCUUUCAGACCUGUGACUCAAGAAGAAGAAGAUGACCAAAGUUGAUUUGUAACGUAACAUGCCUUGUCCUGAUGUUGAAGGAUUUGUGAAGGGAAAAAAAUUCUGGACUCUUUGAUGUAAUAAAAUGAGACUGGAGGCAUUCUGAAAGAAACUCCUUUAUAUAUCCAACCACAAUCAAACGUAUAAAUAAGCCUA